GCCGAACACGCAGACAUAGUGACCCGCGAAUGCAGUGAACAAGCCACGUGUAUGCAUUGGUGAUACAGAGUGAGGUGUCGGCAUAUCAAAUCAUAAUUAGACGUCUAAUCAAAUGCAAUCCGCGUCCGUUGCUACACUGAGCAGCGCAACCUCGCCGCCCGACAUUGGCUCGUUUCGACACCCCAAACGUCGCUAGAAAACUGAUUUCGUUAACAUUGAACUAUAGUUUGUUGGCCGUUUUAUGACAAAUUAAAUGUUUUAAAUCCAUUAUAUUUGUGCUGAAAGGUUGCGACGCGGUCCCCGGCUCACAGGUCACAGAGGAACACGUGAAUCAGAGACUUCAAAACGGUACCAAACAAUUGAAACGUCAGAAUGAAGACGUCAAUGUACUUAGUCGCGGUUUGCGCAGCACUAGUCGCAGUGUACGCUGCGCCUGCGCCGAAUCCUGAGCCUAAUCCAGACCCUGCGCCACAACCCAACCCAGCCCCAUCUCCAGCUGAUGACAGGCCGGAGAUCAUCGAAAUCAUAGCGCCAGCUGCAAGUGCACAGGAAACGCUGGCAACACUGAACUUAGGUGCUCCUGGUUCUGACUUGAGCGAACGAAACAAACGCACGAUUGGUAUCCUCAGGCAGCUCUUCCCCACUCUUACACAGAUAAUCGAACAAAAAGUACAGCAGAUCACAAGUAUGGUGCUGCAGACCUUCGGUCCUGUAGUUCUAAGGGCGUUCCUUGGCGGAAACCGGAAUGGGGGCGGCAACAAGGGAGGUGGAGGUGGCUCCGUCGAGCUCGAUGAUGACGAUGAUGACGACGAAGACGACGUGACGCCUGUGUCUUCUACGACAGAAGCAACCUCAACUACAGCCGCCGACGCUGCGAAGCUGAGAAGAAAACGGGCGCUCUUCUUCCUGCCGAACGCGAUUGCCGAAGAGAACCAGUUGUUGUCUGGAGCUGAGUCACAACAAGCUGAAGUUCGGGUAGCGUUCGGUGAAGGCCAAGAAGGACAAGACCAGCAGGUAGCUGCCAGUGAGGAUCAACAGACCGCUGCUCAAACCAAUUCCGCUAGUAUCGAUGAGAUCACACUCGACGAUGCUGACAGCAGUGAAGAAAAUAGAAACAAAAGAUUCUUAUCUGGAGGUGGACAAACCCCUUCCGCAGGCGGAUCUGGCAACUUCUUGUUCGAUAUCGUUAGGUUGGUAUCCGGUACUUUUGCGUCGUCCUCUGCUGAUCCUGGCGCUCCCGCUGAUGGAGACGACGCAUCCGCUGGUAAAGGCGACAACCUUACUGAGGGAGUUCCCGGACCUAUCACGAGGUUAUUCAUCAUUGCCAAUAGAGGCAUCGCCAACCUGAUCCAAGACCUCAUUCUCCGUAUCGCUCAAACUUCCGAGAGGAUAGUCAACUUCAAGGCGCGACUGAUCACAUCCAUCAUUUAAUGCGGGAGCGUGUAGACAAUUAGUUUAGAUCGUAGGGUAGACAUGGGCCUGGAUGCGAGUGGACGCGUCUCCCAACCGCGUUGAGGAAACAAAGGCGAUAAGUAACCACAGGUGUUAGUUUUAGUGAUCUCUCAGAUUCGUCAGAGGGAGCCACACAAGUGAUCUGUGAUAUUGUUAUUUGCAUCUUUGGUCCUACCACUUAUUUAAAAUUGAAUUAAUUUUUUAUACUUUUCUCUAUCUCUAUGUACUAAUCAUUCAGAUAUUUUUAUACAUGACUAGUUAUUAUUAAACCUGUCGGUUUCUUCUGUUGACGGCAUAAUUCAGCUUCGGAGCGAGAUCCUAAUAAAGCGCUUGUCAAUUAGGUAUACAAUUAAAUAGUUAACUUUGCGCUUUUCACUCGCUCUCGAAAAGAUUGACCUUAUGGGCGUAAUUAGGAAGAUAAUAUCUUUUUGAAAAACUAUUAAUAUAUUAACUUAAUGUUUAGAGGCAGAAUUUAUGGGAAUCCUAUUUACCUAGUGUUGUAGUUGUUAAUUUAAUUCUUAACAUGUAAGUAUGGGUUUUUGCGGUUGCGCCUUGCGAGUUUGUCAAGCCGUUCUUAUUAAAGUCUUAGAAUAAAAACUUAAAGAUGGAGGAAACACUAAGGUGCAGAUUCAGAGCCUUUAAAUAAAGUAUCUGUCUUUGCGAGACCGUGAUACUGUUUGUUUGAAGAAUUUAUAGGAAAGAGGUAGAUGUAGCGUAUGUACCUAUUAUAUAAAGGGUUGUUAGGUCCCCUAAUUACGUCUAUAAGUGUCCGGUAUGGCGGAUGGGAGCGCGUCCACUCAGCGGGCCGUGUAGCGUCCGCCGACGGCUCGCAGCGGACUCGACCGUAAAACAGGCAUGCUGGACUAGGGUUUCUGAUCUUGGACAAAAAUGCCAAUCUGUUGAAUCGAUUCUCAGUUCGAUCUUUAACAAAAUUAACAUUCGAAAAAUUAAUUUUGCAACAACUGAUCAAUAUUGUAAGCACUCUAAGAAAAAAAGUAAACUACACAGAGAAAUAAUAUUUUUUUAAAGGAAAAAUUACACAGAAAUGUUCUAAUAAAAAAAAAUACUACAGAAAAAAUAACAUUUUCAUUCAAUAAGAUUUCUCAUUAAAACAAUCGAUACAAAAAUUUUAAGAUUGAUGGAUCUUCGAUCAAUUCGAAUUGAGAUCAGAAACCCUAUGGCAGCAGCAACGGACAUUUCCACAUAAGCGGGCGCGCCGGCGCUUGGCGGUGGCGUGGCGCGGCCCGCGGACCGCCCGACGCCGCCGCCAUUCUGCUCAAGCUUUUUUAUAACAUUCUCGAUUCGUUUUUAUGUUUGUAAAUAUGUAUUAUAGCGGAAUUUUGUAUAAAAUAAAACCAAUUAGUUAAAUUAUA